CAUGGAAUCAACCAAGCAUUAAAUGUAAUGUAUACUCUGAAAAUAUUGUCACAUUACUAACCAACAAGGUGUGUUGGUGAAGAAAUUAUUUUAUUGGAUUUAAAGCAUUUAUUGAGAGGGUGUGCUUUUCGUUCCUGAGGAUCAAACAAGCAGUGCAAGCCUACCCGCAAUUAGUAUGGUGUGAAACCAUCUGUGCUCAGUCCAGAACAUCCUAGUUCACAUCAACGCAAUGGCUCUGACAGAUGAGCAUAAGAUCAUAAUUGGUGUGUGUGUGGGCGUGGCAGGCCUUGUUCUCCUGGUGAUAGUUGUGUUUGUCUGCUGCAUGCUAAAAAUGCGCGAAACUAAAAGACGUUACAGUAACAAAGGUCGCAGCAUUAUUGAUCAAGAUGUAUAUUAUGACAGGAAGCCAUAUACGGUGUAUGAGAAGACGCCACCCCCCUUCUAUGAUCCCCCGUACCUGCCCCCACAACCCCCGCCACCUCCAGUGUUUUACAACCACCCUCGCCCCCUGGAGGCUCCUCGCUUCUAUGAUUCCUUUGGUGGACGAGGCGAACAGCCUCGAAUGGAGAAGCGCUACUACAGUGAGGCUCGGUACCAGCAGGAGCCUAUCGUAGUGCCGAUUGCAGAGCCAGAGGUGGUGUACAACGACAGGCCACGAGCAGAGCAGGACGUCAUCUACCUCAAAUAUGUUGAUGACCAGGCCCUGCUUCCCAGGACCAACUACAACCGUAGGACCUACUAUGAGCCGCCUGUCAGACGAGCCAGAAGUUUUACAGACAUGCGCAACACAGCGUAUGUGGGUGAAUGGAACAAGCGACCAGACAGGCUGGAAUUCAAUGAGGGAGCCAUGCAGGCUGGUCGAGACCCAUUCUUAUGGGGAUAGAAACAGUUGCUACCAAAGACAUGGGACCCAUCCAUGUGGGGAUAUAUACAGGCACCACCAACCACACUGUGUCUUCGAAUGUUAUUUUAGUUAUAUAAAUCAAAAUAUAUAUUUACAAAUGUAUUUUUCUACAACUUUUUCAUAUUAGUGUGAAUAUGCUUUAUAAACGAGUAAUCACAAGUUUAAUCCAGCUAAGUAAUGUAAAAUGCAUCAUGUGUUAAUUGCCGAUUUAGGCAUAUAUUCCGGGCAAACGGGCAUAUAUAUAAUACUUAACUUGAAUAAUGUAUUGAACUUUUUAUACUCCAAAGUUUGAGUUUGUUUGGGCGUGAAACGAGCUCCCUGAUGAUAGUUUUUCCACCUUGAUGUCCAACGUUUGUCUGUUCUUUCGUCCGUCACACUUUUGUUUCCUCUAAAAUUUCGGAAACUAAUUAUCCGAAUGUGAUGACACUUAAUGUGCACCAUCUUUAUGUCAGGCACCAUAUGAUAUUCAUAUGCUACUUUCUGUUUCCGCGUGAUAUCUCAGAUACUAAUGAUCCAUAUAUAACAAAACGCAGCAUCCCAGUAAGGUGCAUCUCUGUCAGGUCAUUUACGAUCCAAUGAUUUUGGUGUGUUAUUUUCUUUUGCUAAUUUGUUGGUCUUUUUUUGUUUCUGUUUUAGAUCUAAGACUUUAAUGAUCCCUGUUUCAUAAUUCUCAGUUCGUUCCGAUCCAAUUAUUUUGCAGGAAAGUUAUUGUCGUUUUAAUGUAAUUGUUUUGCUGCCGCGCAUCAUAUUUUCUCCGAAUUUGAUUAAACUGUAAAUGCAGGAUGCUGCUUUCUUAUAACAUGCACAUCCUUGUCAGGUCGUUCGAGCAAAAUGAUUUUUCAAGAUGUUGUCAUUUGAUUAUUAAUUUGUAAUUUCCUUAAAGUGAGUUCGUAUCGGCGCAAUAUAUCAGGAAAUGAUCUUACUCAGGAAGUAAUGAUCUGAACAUCAUGAAACGUAAUGUGCACUUAAUUGUUAGGGUUGACUAACGCGCAAUGAAAGGUCGCUCCGUUCCGUUAUUUUUUCAGGCAGUUAUUGUCCUUAGAUUAAUAUUUUUAUUCCAUGUUAGAAAUUAAUGAACCAAAUUGUAUGACACGUUAUAUGUCGCAUACCUUUUUGGUGGCCAUGUGUACGUUCUCAGGUCGUUCCGCUCCAAUAAUUGAUUCUGCACUUAUUGCCGUUUGAUAAUUUAUAUGACAUUUUAAUCCAUUUUAAGUUUCUAAGUAAGUUUACUUAAACUAAUUAUCAUAAUUUGAUGAAUCUUAAUAUGCUAUCCCUUCAGGGAAAUAUGUUCAUAUUGUAUUGUCGUUCAACUUGAGUGAUUUUUCGGAGAGUUAUUGCCACAUGCACAAUAAUUCAUAACCACACAAUUAAUCCAUAUAUCUACAAAGUGUAUCGCCGGGAAACAUACAAUAGUUUCACUGAACGUCUUGCUGUCUUCGGCGAUUGACCUUGACUUUUGUAGUGCCUUGUGUGUCCAAACUUUAUUAAGAUGACAUAUCUACUAAACCAAAAAUAUUUUGGAUGACCCUUCAAAGUAAUGUACUUUGGGUGGACUUGUACAGGCGGUAUAUAAUCACUCCGAUCUGUUUCAUAAGUAGGUCAUUUGGGCACAACAUCUCAUUCUGAGCAAUUAUUUCACAGGAAACGUUGGUUGUUUUAUAACUACUGUCAAACAGAACUAAAGUAUUGCUACUGGUCUGUAAAGAUUGCAACCAGUGCAGGGAGGGGAAUAUUUUUGCCUAUAUGUUCCUAGUUUAUGAUAUGAAGCCAUGGUAUGUUUCAACAAUCUAAUGUUAUUUGCCUGUAUCAAGAAUAAACCAUCAGCACUAA